AUGUAUUUCUUCCUUAGCCACCUUGCCUUAGCUGACUUGGGCUUCACCUCCACCACCAUCCCCAAAGUGCUAGAAAACUUGUUGUCUCAGAAAAAGACCAUCUCCUAUCAUGGCUGCCUGGUCCAGAUGUACUUUUAUGUGUGUUUUGGCAAUUCAGACAGCUUCCUGUUGGCUUCCAUGGCCUAUGACCGUUACGUGGCCAUCUGCUUCCCCCUGCGUUAUUCUACCCUGAUGAACCGUAAGCGUUGCCUCCUCCUAGCAACAGUGUCCUGGGUUAUCCCUAUUGUCCACUCUCUGCUUUAUACCAUUUUGAUGUCCCACAUGUCUUUCUGUGACUCUAGAGAGAUCCCACAUUUCUUCUGCGAUCUUUACCCUGUGUUGGAGAUCUCUUGCUCAGACCGCAGUGUCAUAGAAAUGCUGAUUCUGACUGAAGGGUCGGUGGAGGUCCUGGGGCCAUUUUUGCUGAUCGUCAUCUCCUAUAUGGGCAUUUUCUACACCAUCCUGAAGAUUCCAUCCAACUCUGGAAAGAAAAAGGCUUUCUCCACGUGUGGGUCCCACGUUGCUGUGGUGGUCUUGUUUUAUGGCACUGUGAGCUGGAUUUAUUUCAAGCCACGUUCCAACAACUCGGAUCGCAAGGACACUGUGGCUGCUGUCAUGUAUACCAUGGUGACCCCUAUGCUGAAUCCCUUCAUCUACAGUCUCAGGAACAGUGAAAUGAAAGCAGCCUUGAUAUCAUUGAUUUGUAGGAGAAAAUUGAACUCAAUAGGGCUUCAUCUAAUUGACUUUGAAAAUUCUGACGCCAAAGAUACCUGGGAAAUUAUCAGGAAGAAUUUUACAGGAAAAAGUGUUCUCUCCACUCUUGAGGUUGCAAAGCACAGCACUUGCUCUCCUCUCUAUUUAAAUCUCCCUUUGUGUAGAGAUUUUCAAAAGGGUUACAUGACAAAUCUGAAGAAUCAUGAACUGUGCAGGCUGUUUAUGCUAGCCAGAUUUAAUAUGUUUCCCUUGAUGAUAGUAAGAGGAAGAUAUUUAGCUCUCCCAGAAGCAGAGCAUCUCUGCAAAUGUGGUAGGCAGGAACCUGAUACAUUGGAGCAUAUUUUCUUUUCUUGUGAUUUUGGCAUUUAUGCCGGAAGACAAUUAUUAGAGGCUUUACAACUUAACAGGCUCGGUUCUAUGCCACCAACGGUUCAGGACCUGCUCUCAGACAGGAAUGAUCAAAUUACUUUAAUAGUGGCUAAAUUUUUGUGUGCUGUCCAUGUGGAAAGACUGGGCCAUUAUAGAGAGAUUUAGUAGUUCUUGAUUGGUCAGUGAUGUGG